ACGGGAUCACUUUCAUUCGCGUUUUCCGCUCGCGUCGGUUGUCAUGGACGGCAAAGUGUUUUCCAAUUUGGUUUAAUGAGAUAUUUUUUGAAAAGUUCAUGUAAAGUUACAUUUUGUUACAAGUUGAGUUUGUUGUUCUAUUCUUGGUUCAUUUUGACACAUCGUUGUUGUGAUAACUUCAAGUAAGGACAAAUAUUGUGAUAAAACUCAAGUUCAAUUCGUUGGAAAUGGGUCAAAGUAUCGUCGCCAUGCUCUACAACUGGUUACUUAAACUAGUUUUGCAUACAUUGUGUGACAAGGCGAAUACAAACUGGUUGGGUAGAGCAUACUCUGCCCAAUUCAAUGUUCCCUAAUUCAAGUUCAAUUCCAACACACCAAAAAGGAAAAUAAUAAAUUUAAAAAUCGUCACCCGGCGAGCCCACCGUGCGCGCACCUUCGUCACAACCGUCACACGCGCCCAAACGUGAUGGAUCGUUCGUUCAACGAAGAAGCAACGCUUCCGUUUUGCUUCGGCGUCGCGCACACGACACACGUCACGCGCUGCAGCGUCGCUUCACUCGCCAGGAGAACUCACCACCGCAAACGGGGACGCGCUCGCUCCGUCCCGCUUUGGCUUGCCGGCAACGGGCGCGUGUGAGUGAGAUGCCACCAGCGAGCGAUGAGUGUGUGUGUGUGUGUGUGUGCGUGUGGUGGUGCCUGACGAAAUACGGGCGCAACGACGACGACGGCUUUGAGAGUCACUCGUGUGAGAUCGCUCCAUCAGGGAGGACGGAAUUUUCAUUCUCGUGCGCGUUUUUUUUUCCUCGUCGAUUUUUCCGAAAAAGUGGCAUUUCGUGGGCUUUUACGGUGCGUAUUCCGGCCGGAAGUGGUUCGUGCGUGUGCGUGCUAGCGCAAGUGGUGUGCCCGGGUGGCCGGAAACGUCCCCGAAAGGAGCGGAAUUGGGUUGGAAAUGAUGGCACAAAAUGCGCUUCCUGCUUUUUUCCACCGUCAGUGAGCAGUGAGCUGGUGAGAAGACGGCGGAGAGGGCACUCACGGAGUGAGCAGCAGUGGGAGAGUGGUGUUCGUGAGAGCGCGCUGAAGAAAAAAAGGAGGAAAAUCGUCGCGGUUUGCGUGAAGCCGCAAGUUUUUCGGGCCAAAGUGGAAAUCGAUUUUUUCGGAAAAUUUCACUGUGAAAUCGAGAUUCCGUGCGUGACAGUGAGUUUGAGUUCCGAAGAAAAGAUAGAGAUCAAAGCAAGCGACGAUUGCCGAAACGAUUUUCGACCCGCAGAAGAAUAAUCUACAUGUGAGAGAGUGUGAGUGAGCUGAGAACGCGCGCCGUUGUAGUGAUCGACGUUCUUACUCUGGAAUCGCAGAAACAGAAAAAUCACCGGAAGAAAAAAAAUAUGUGCGUCGCUGGUCGUCGUCUCCAACGCCAUAACUUGUGAGCAAUUGUCGCGAAAAUCUUUCCCUUCCGAAACGCUGCCAAGAGUGAGUGUCUCUCGGCAGUUGAACCGGCAUCGCCCGAAACAGCCGGCGCGCGCGUUGAUUACACAGCUCCGAAGUGGUGGUAUUUGUGAGGUGGUUGUGGCUGACCGCGCGUUCGAAAAUAAAGUGAAAGAAGACCACGUGCGAGUUCCGCGACGACUACGCCGACGAAGAAGAAAGCAACCGGCAAGCCGACAGUGUGAGGGGGUUUUUUUUUGUGGGCAGUUUUGGCCCGUGGUCAACUACGACAACUUCGAGAAGAAAAGUGAAGAAGAAAACAUAAGCCGGCGGUGCGCGCGCGUUGCGUUGUGAAUGGGACUGGCUCGGCGCACGGCCGCGAACGUGAUUGAAGGUCCUGAUGCAGUUGUGGAGAUGGCACCAGCUCUUACCGAGCCGUUGAGUCAGAGCAAGCUCUCGUCCUCGGCCACGUCCGGUGCAUCGCCGCGUACGGGCGGUGUCGCGGAAGCGGGCACAAGCACCAGUACGAGUACAGCAACUGAUCAGCAGCAGCAGGAUCAGCUCUCGGACCAGGACCUCGGACAUCAGGAGGUACCGAGCAGCGGGAGUACGGCGGACUCGGGAACGGGGACCGCCUCGACGAUCCCCAGCGAGUCGGAUCUGAAGGAUACGACGGCGGUGUCGGCAGCGGACGACUCGUCGGUGGUGGACGACAUCCAGAACAACAACGGCGCCGCCGGAUCGCUGUUGAAGAUUGAUCCCGACAGCGGGAAGGAUCUCAUCGAGCUUGCCCUGGAGCAGCUCCAUCGAGAUGCGACGACGGAGUCGGCUGCGGUGGUGGGUGAAGGAGGUAGCAGUUCGAUAGAGGAAUCCGCCGAAAUUCCACAGGCUGUGAUUGACCAGAUUGCGCAGGUCGCGGCGGCAGCGAUUGGUGCUGGGGAAGAAGCGGUCAACGCCACCACCAGCGGAGAACCGUCCUCCGACCUGCAACAACUCGACUCGCAGUCGUCCAUCAUCUCCAGCUCCAGCACCGGCGCCGCCAUGGGUCUCCAGAAGGACUACCUCAAGGACAACCCCGACAUGGAGCAAAUGCUUGGCGAGCUGGCCUCCACCUCGGACAUGGAACUGCUGCAGGUGUUCAAAAGCCUCGAAGGAAACCCCAGCGGAGACGGCCUCUGCGCCGAACUCGCCGGUGGCCUGUCCCUCUUCAACGACGUGGACGUGGUCAACAUGUACGAGGAGGUUGCCCAAGUUGCGACGCCUCCCAACAAGGACCGCGAACGGCUCGAGAUGCACGCCGAAAUCGUCAAACGACAGGCACAAAUGCAACGCAAGUACGACUUCCUCAUCCGGCGGCUCAACAAACUCCAAGCCCGCUACAUGGGACAGCACGUCAGCGACGAAGUCGCCGGCCUCUUCGAGUACUCCCAGCGCUACUGGAAAAAGAAAGACAAAGAACACGCGAAGGGCAUCAGCUCCACCACCGUCUCCCCCACCCUCCUCAUCCCGGACAUCAUCCCGUACCAACCACCCCCCACGCUCACCUCCUCCGCCAACACCCCCGCGGACAAACUCAAACCAAUCUCCGCCAACGCGAUGAAGACGUUCGCCAAGCGCCUCGAAGGAAUCGCCACGACCCAGUGCUCCACCCAGACCAAGCGAAUCUUCGGCAACCGGUACUUUCAGGGCACCACCGGGACGCCGCCGGAGCUGGUGUCGCACGCGGCCUUCACCGCCACCUCCAGCACCAUUCCCAAGUUUGAAGAUCUGACCAUCGACCAGCUGGAGCAGUCGGCGGGGAUGCUGCAGGCGGAGCUGAAGCAGGUGCAGCACACGAUCGACUCGGAGGCGACGGCCAGCUCGAGUGGGGGCGAGUCCGCCGACGAGAUGGUGCUGUACAACAACCUGAACCAGCAGCCGUUGACGAUAGCAAAACGCGCCGCCUGGCGAUGGGCCAAAGACCGCGCCUCGGUCGCAGCGCGGUGGACCUGGCUGCUGGCGCAAAUCUCCGACCUCGAGUACCGAAUCCGGCAGCACAACGAGCUGCACAACAAGAUCAAGGUCAACAAGGGUGCCGUCACGCUGGAGGACGUCCCGGUGCAGUCGGUGAACGGGUACCGGGGCACGCUACCCGGCAACAGCAAACCACUGGACGACGGUUACGAUGCGGCGGCCGGUGCGGCCACGCCGAACGGCGCGUACGACCAGACGGGAGGUUCCUGCCGGACGAGACCCUUCCACCGGAACGGCUUCCGGAAGCGAAAGCUGCUGCAGACUGCAAAUCUGCACACGAUUUCCAAGAAGGCGGCGCGGCCAAGCACCGUAAAAUGUGGCUGCGCGUGGCCGUUGCACCCGUGCGCGCUCUGUACCGGCCGGCAGGAUCCGACAGCGCCCCGGGACCUCCCCGAUACGAUGCCGGCAUCGAACCGAGUUGCCCUCCUGGAUCCCUGCUUCCACCCCGUGUUGAGUUUCCCCGAAGACGUGUCGCACAGCGUGCACUUUGAGGCCAUCAUGCGGAUACCGGACUGGCAGAACAAGAUGAUUCGCUGCUCGGCCAAAGCCCUCUCGAAGAGCCUCUCGAAUCGGACCUCGCGAGGGGGCGUUGGGGACGGAGGUGGUGGUGAUGGUUCGUCGCCUCCUGCCCAGUUCUUCUCGUCCGGGGAUGAGGGCGGCGGCGCCGGUGGCCACAAAAAGUACGGCCCCGACGGCAAGCGGAAGUACAACAAACACAACAAGCUGCACGGUUCCCAGGAACUGGCGAAUCAUAAGCUUAAAAAGUCCAAAUCCCGGCGCAACCUGCUGCUGGCCUCCAACAGCAACAGUUCCGGUACGGGCCAUCGCAAAUCUGCCGGCGGAUACCCCCCGGUUGGCAGCGCCGGCCAGUACGGUCCUCCGGGCGGUUUCGGCGCCACCCCCGGCGGAACGUCCAACAAGUACUACAAGAGCUCGAGCAGCAAGUACCGGAAACAGUCGCUGUCGUCGUCGUCGGCAGCGGGAGGAGGAGUCGCAGGUGGUGGUUAUCGCUACGGAAGCGGUGCGAUGGCCGGAUCGGCGUACGACUCGUACCUGGACCCGAUGCAGCAGGACGGAGCGGGCAGUAACAGCAGCCGGAGCAAGAACUCGUCGCCGACGCCGAACCACCAUCGGAACGAGAAACGUAGCCGGAUCUCGUACGAUAUCGACAACAUUGUCAUUCACGGAAUGGCCGCGGCCAACAAGGUGGAGAUUCUGCCCUACAAGGAAAUUGCUACACCAAAGUGGCGCGUGGUCGGUGACAACGAGCCCGAAGAUCCGGACAGCGACAAACCGCUGGACAUCUCCUCGGACCACGCUCUUCUCGAUACUAGUCAGCUCACCAAGACGGACAGCGGCAACAGCAGCCUAACUCCUCCCGCACCGCCCGCGCCCCCACCGGCCGAAGCCACUCGCCGGUCGCUCUCCGAACUGAUCGUCGUACCUGCCCUCGACGAGGAGGACAUCUCCGACGAAACCAUCCUGGUGAAGCACGAGCGGGCGCUGCUGGACGAGCGCAAAAAGUUCCAAACGUACAUGAAGUUCCCGUGGAGCAGGCCGCGGGCGAACCGGAGGACGGACAGCCGGGCCGAGUCGAGUGGGGCGAAUACGCCCGAUCCGACGUCACCGGCGCCGCCGACGCCGCUGGCGGAAAUGGAGUCCAACACAUCGCCGGCGUGUCCGUCGACGCCACUCGUGCAGCAGGACUCGCUGGAGCUGUCGGAAACGAGCGUGAUCAACGCCCUCAAUCAAAGUCUCAACAAGAAGGAACGAAGGCGAACCGUUUCGACCAAAAUGGUGGUGAAGGAUGAGUUCCGCCGUAGCAGUACACCCGACAUCAAGGAGAUCAUCCCCCCGUACGAAUCGCUUCAGUUCCCGCUGGCGGACGACCUGUACGAGGAGAUGGUCCGGACGAUGCCCAGCGACCACCUGCAGCUGGUCGAGGACGCCAUCGUGAAGCUGACGCGACCGAACCGACCCAACAACAACCUGCUGCUGGCGAACCGAACCGGCACCGGCCUAAAUCUGGCGCCCUCGAGCAGCGGCCUGCUCGUCAAUCCGCUCAGCUCGAAUCUCUCGACCACGUCGACGACCCUGUCGGCGACGGAAGCGACCGAUUUAGACGAACCGCUGGACGAAAACGAGGAAGAGCUGGCACGGGCGACCCAGCUCGAGCGCAAGCGGGUCAUGGAGCGGCUGCUGCAGAACUCGGACGAGAACAACCGGCUGUUUGUGGUGGGGGGUGGGGCUGGUGGCGUGCGGGUCGUGCUCGACGACGACGAUCCGAUGGACGACGAGGAAACGGACACGGGCGAGUCGCUGUUUGUCGAGGAGGACGACCCGAACGACCCCGAGUGGUACGACAGGCCGGGCCGGGGAAGGACGUAAGCGUGGGCGGGGGUUUUGGAGUCGAUUUGAUCUCUCUCGCGUUCGAUUUCUCUGAACUCUAGCAUUCGAAGCCUAUUCUUAUUCUGUAAUUACGCGAUUUGAACUUUGUGGGAGUGCGGUAUUGAGACAGUGAAGAAAUAGCGGAUGUUAACCUAGCUUAAAAUAACGAUAAAUGAAGUCGUCAGCACAUUGGGCAUUAGAGAAAAACCAUGAUAAGCAGAAUAAUUAGCCCCAAAAGAAACCCACAUUUUCCCCUUGCAGAACAAGAACAAGAACCCACUUUUGUAGAAAGCUGUAAAUAGACUCUAAAUAUAAGUUGAACAUAACGCUUAAGAACCACAAAUACACACACAAACACACUUUCACACACAUACAAACACUCCCAUCUGAAGAGGUUUAUGGUGUAAUUUUUAUAAAAGCAAACUCGCAGCAGCAGCAAAGAUUAUGGGCAGAAUAGAUGCGUGCGCCGCAGCUUUUUUUUAAGUUACUCUCUUGUUCCACUUGAAAACCCAUUUCGUUGUGUCAUUUACGCUUCUUCCUACAGCAAACAAACAAAACAUUAAACUAGACUAGAAAGACUAUAAAGAAUAUAUUAUACACGUAACAAGUGAGUGUAGAAGAGAGAAUACACGCGUCGCAAACUCGAGUUUGUUUUAACCACCUUUUGCUUUCCUUUCGUUUUGUUUGAAUAGUGGCGAAAUUUUAUCAAACUGUUUAUUUUUCUUACUUUUCUACUCUCCCCCUUUUUUUAGUUGUAGGUGUUGUAGCAGGGAGAGAAUAAAAUUUAAUAAACGUACACACUCAAAAACACACACACACAUGGAUAUCUCUCGCCUAUUGUGUAGAAUGUGUAGAGAAAAAAGAAACAAAACCCGAGAUGAAGAACAGAAAAAAUACAAAAACAAAUUAUUAAACGUAAACACGCUAAAAGUAAAACAAAAAACAUUACCUGUGUAUAGUAUAUAAACCGAAAAGGAAGAGAAGAAAGAAGAAGAUUCUUAUUGUAGGAGAAACACACACCCAGAAUAAAACUCGUCUGAUUAAAAGAGAAAUGCUCGCCAGGUGGAUUUCCGUGGCGUGGGGGUUAAAACUGCUCCACUAGGCGGAAGUUCAGCUCGAGUUCAUUUUGAAACCACGAUAAAAAAAACUGG